GCUUCCUUGCUUCUAUCCAGGGCCUUUGUGAAUAAACCAUGGGAUGUAUCGGCUCUCGAACCCUGACAGCAGAUGGAGUUCCCGUGCAGAAGGAUGGGGAACAGCAUGGCCGAACAGACUUUUCAUGGGAUGGAAUCAAUUUGUCCAUGGAGGACACAACCUCAAUCCUCCCUCGACUGAAGAAGAGGAACUCCAAUGCCUAUGGAAUCGGCGCUCUGGCUAAGUCCUCUCUGACAGGUGUGUCAGGAGUGUCUCGCUCUAUGAAGGACAAGGUGACGAAGCCGACAGCGAUGGCCCAGGGGCGUGUGGCCCAUAUGAUUGAGUGGCAGAGCUGGGGCAUGCAGACAGUGGGCGCGGGGGGCAGCGGAGCGGGACGCACCUCCAGUCUGCACCUCCAACAAGAGCGCAAGCUGGAGAAUGAUGCAUACAGUGACCUCAGUGAUGGAGAGAAGGAGGCUCGCUUCGCUGCAGGUGUGCUUCAGCAGUUUGCGAUUUCUGAAGCAACGCUUCUGGCCUGGAGCUCUAUGGACGGCGAGAGCACAAGCGUUGGAUCUAAUCAGGGAAGCAUAGCCCACCUGAGUGAGGCCAACCAGGAAAGCAUCACAAGUCGAGACCAGAUAGUGCACCAUUCAUCUGCAGAGGUGUGGCCUCACAAUUACGUCUCCCAAGGUCUUUAUUGCCUUUCUUCCUCUGACGCUUGGGAGCCAAUUAGUAAUGAACAGUCAGGUGUGGCCUCUCCUGCCACCGGUUCAUAUGUCAUGGCUGUCGGGACUGAGGGAGGAUAUGACCCAAAUUCAGCAGCUCAGUUCCUCUCACAGCAGCAGCAGCAACAGCAGUAUCAGAACCAGUUCCAUCAGAUCCAGCAUCUGCACCAGAUCCAUCAAUACCAGCAGCAACAGCUCCUGCAGUAUCAACAACAGCAACAGAUGUUGGAGCAAAGGCUGCAGAGUGCCACUCAGUCUUUACAAGUUACUCCCAACAGCACCAUCCACAGCCUGCCUCCCCUCACUCACCCACCAUUAGUGGAUCUGUGGGGGGCAGCGCAGACAGAGGCCUAUCAGGCAGACAUGGUGGGCUACAUGGGUAUGCCUGUAGCAGUAGAUGGAAAUCUAACCGCCCCCACAGAGGAGAUGACGACAGAUCACUCACCUUUACUGGAAGCCCAGGAGGAGGAAGAGAUCAAAGAGGAAGAGGUAACGUUAUAUAUGGAACCAGAACCAGUAACAUUAAUUCCAUCUCCAGUAACGCAGGAAGUGACCUCGACGGGAGGAAGCAGUCCAGGUCAAGCCCCUGGAGAGUCCAGCACAGAGCGCAAGGCGUCUGAUGUCUCACCAUCUGUCAUUGAAGAGCUUGAGGAAAAGGAGUCGUCCGAAUCAUCAUCUGUAGACAUCACGGCAACCAACUAAGUGGCCGGCAUUAAAUUUCUGCUGGUUAUGACACACAUUUCAAUCAGCAUUAUCAAACAAUAUCAACUCCUAUUUCAGGAAUCUAACACCAUUGUGAUGGAAUUCAAGUGACAGCUUGAACCCAAAAUGGAAAAGCAGAACUGAAAGUUACAGCACUGCUUACGUGAACACUUUGAUAUUUGAAUUUAAUUUUUUAUUUCUUUUGUAAGCCUUAUAUUAUGGAUGUCUGAAAAAGGAAGGCACACAAUGGGAAUGGGAAAUCAUUCGGACUGGGAAAGGAGAGAAGGAGGAAAACUCCCCAUGUUAGGAAUGGAGUGAUAGAGUUGGAGGUAUGGAAUACGAAGAACAUUCAGUUAAAUAUGUGCAUGCUUUUACAAGGAGUGUUGACUCUCGUUAUUCAAAAUAAAGAAACUAUAGUUAAUAAACCAUAAUGAUUAUAAUAAUACUAUUCUUUUUUAAGAAAACAACAAACUAUAUAUAUAUAUAUAAUAGACAGUAACACAAGCUUUUUCAACCCAUGAUACCACAAAGACCCUUACCAUAAGAGAUCACAUAAACUCAAUACAACACAAAUUUCCUCUUAUCCUCUUCGGUUUUCAGCCAGUAUACUUCCAAACACACUCCUUUCUAUGUAAAAGACCGGAUUUGGCAGUUUAUGACACUGUUGGGAGAAACACAGGUUCAAUACAGAAGUUUCUGUGCUGUGAAAAAUAAAAAUCAAUUAACUGAAACCAACCACUGAUCUACACAGUUCUGUCGGCUGUUUAUUACGGAGCCCCUAAAGGGUCAUUGUGAUGGGAGAAAAUUUUGGGUGGAAGGCAAAACAUUUUUUUGUUGAUUUAUUUAUUUAUUUUUUAUUCUCUCGCAAAAUUUUGCGUUCUCUCGCAAAGAUAUUUGCGUUCUCUGAACCACUACAAGCUAAACAGGAAGUGUUUGUCUGAACUCAGCUGGUUUUGCGAGAGAACACGAAUAACUUUGCGAGAGAACGCCAAAGUUUUGCAAGAGAACGCAAAUAUCUUUGCGAGAGAACGCCAAAGUUUUGCAAGAGAACGCAAAUAUCUUUGCGAGAGAACGCCAAAGUUUUUCAAGAGAAUGCAAAUAUCUUUGCGAGAGAACGCAAAUAUCUUUGCGAGAGAACGCAAAAGUUUUGCAAGAGAACGCAAAUAUCUUUGCGAGAGAACGCAAAAGUUUUGCGAGAGAACGCAAAAAAUAAAUUUUCCUCCCACCCCAAAUUUUUUCACUCCCUCUGCUUUUUUUCCCACCACAAUGACCGUUUAGGGGCUCCAUAGUUUAUUAAAUGUGUACAGUAUUCAAACCUUCAUAAACUAAAGUAAAUAGUACGCAUUCAAAUGUUUGGGGUCAGUAUGGUUUUUUUCAAUAUUUUUGGAAGAACCCUCUUUUCCCCAGGGAUGCAUUAUCUGAUCAAAAAUGCAAUAUAAAAACAGUAAUAUUAUAAUAUAAUAUAGCUGUUUCUAUUUUAGUAUUUUUCUAUAAUUUAUUCCUGUGAUGGCAAAGCUGAAUUUUUAGCAGCCAUUUCUCCAGUCUUCAGUGUCACAUGCAGUGUCAAUCUUGCAAACAGUUGGGCUACUUAAUAUUUUUGCGGAAGCCACGACAGAUUUCUUUUCAGGAUCAUCUAAUGAAUAGAAAGUUCAAAACAACGGCAUUUGUUGAUUGAAUUAAGCUAAUUAUACUGAUUAAAUCACCUAACCUAUUACAAACAUCUUUGAACAUUUUUUGAUUUUAUUUGCCACAUUAUUAGACCCAUUACCAUUUGGUAUUUAUUUUUUGUAGUAGUAAUAUGAACUUUCUCAUGCGCACACCACACAUACUCACAGAUAUAUACAAGAUUCAUAUAUAUAGAUUCAUACUGGACUGUAACACCCCGUGCUUCCCUCUCUCUGUGUCGUUUGACAUGCAUGAUGUUUGUCAGUGUACUCUGGAGUCCUAUACAAAAUUGUAUAGAUAUUUGCACUGGACCUCAGUACUCUGAGCUGAGCCUGAGACUGACUCUGUGAGAUCUGUGUGUUUAGCCACUUGAUUGGCUGCUUAAAAGAGAGAAAUGUCUGAGGGGGAAAAACUUUUUUGCACUUGCAUUGGUUGUCGGGAGAACAUAUGUAUUUUAGAUUAAGCAUUAUUUUAUGAGACAAAAAGACACUUCCCAUUGAAAACUCCUCAUUUUCUUUUCAUCACAUGAAAGUUUUAGUUUUUGCUCUGGUUUAUUAGCUUGUUUUCAUGAUAAUUGUCAACUGAGAGGAGAAAGAUGGAUAGGUAAUGCUCCUCAUAACCUCAAAUGACAAAAAAUAGAAGAAUACUACAGUAAACAUUUCUGUCAGAACAGUCCUGUUGGCGACUCAUACGUAUUGUUACACUUGCAGGAACGGGUCUUGAUGAAAACUUUAUUUUUAUAAUAAAGCAUGUCUUAAUUUCUGUUCCAAAAUUUGUUUUCCAUUGCCUAGUUAUUUUCACUAUCUAUUAAAGGGAGAAUAGAAAAGGACCUGGAUUCACAUGCUGUAAAUAUCCUUUACCGAGAUAACAAGGAAAAAGGUUUCCGCAGAAUGAGAAUGAAAAUGGACUUUGAUUUGAGCUCAAAGUGACCUCAUGAACAACUCAGGCCAUCUGGAAUUUCCAACUGCACAGGCGUCUUCCUGUUUGUCAUGGUCACUGAUUAUACAGUAACUAUGAUGCUACAAAUUUUGCAUUUAAUGUGUACGUGCUCGUACAUGAACAUGAAGCAUAUGUGUCCCAAAGUAGGAGCAGACGUCCAAGUAAUUACAUCGUCCUGCAUUGUGAUGUCAUGCAUGAUUCACUAAGGAUUUAAACGAAUGAAACAAAAAAGAAAAUAGAGAAAAAAGAAAACCAAGUCUACUAGUUAUUACGACGGUUCCUUUGGAGGACACACGGUUCAACUUUGAUGCUCGUGUGUAAUACAAAUUUGAGAAGAAGAAAUUGCAUUAAUAGCUAUAUGAAGUGUAUCGACUUGAAUGAAUUUAUUUCUUGACUGGUUAUUUAUGCAAUGUUGGGACGAUGUUUAUUUUUCUACAGAAUUGUGUGCAGUCCCUCCUCUAUGUGUCGGGGUACAUAUUAUUUCACUGCUGAGCUCCUCGAGAGGCUCUGACAGAUUUCUGUGUACAGUAUUCGUCACUGAAAAAUCAUACACACUUUCUAAAACAUCUUGUUGUAGCUCAUAAGGUUCAUGUUUUACAUUAGCAAUUCAUAACAACAGUUAUCUACUACUGCAUCAUUGCAUAAACCAACUGUUAAACCAACCAAACUGCUUUAAGUAUAUUCAGUGUCAUAAGUUCUUAAAUUUCGUGAAGCAUACAGAACUCACUGAAGUUGCUCACAUGGGAUAAUAUGUGCCCAUUUAUUUAUUUAAGAAUUAUAUAGGGGAGGGAUUUAACUUUGCAGCCUGUAUGAUAUCUAGUUGUUAUUUUCAGAUAAAUGCACCUUUGGUUGUAAUGGCGACUGACACCACUGGAUUGAUGCUGGUAGGUCACGUGAUAAUGACAACUUGGUGAAUGUAGGACUAAGUUAUACAUCAGUGGCCAUCACACACAGCCAGGUCACGCUACUGCAACCAAAGGAAUGAUGUCAUGUUCUCUUUUAUUGCUUUUUAUGUAAGAUAAGGAAUAUACGAAUGAAUAAAUAACAAAAAGCCAAAUGUAUUUCCUUGGAUGCAGUUGUUUAUCACUUUACAGAUGAACUGGAUUUUUUUUGUACGAUUCUACUGCCAUGUUUCACUACAAAACUGUCUGUUGGCAUGAUGCUGUAACUGGUCCGUCGUUCUACCUCUCUCCUUCUCCUCUUCCUCUCUCUUUCCCUUCGUAUGUUAUUAUCGGUCUGUUACUCAAACCCUGUGUUGUCUCCUCUUGGUCUAAGAAUCGUAUUCAGAAGUAAUGGAUCACACUAUUGUGAUCAAAUUUGUUUAUGAUAUUGUUUAAAUACAUGGAGUCAAUACAGGCACAAAUCCAGUCGUUUGGGACUGACUGAGCUGUACGAGGUGUGAUAUAAGAAGUACGUAUAUCUAUGCAUGCUAUACUGAAGGUUUUAAAUGGUUCUUCCAAUGUGCUCUUCCUCUUCCUCCACCGGACUCUCUUUCUUACCCAACUCUUUUUUGUCCUGCAC